AUGGAUGAAGGGGAGAAGAAGGGAAACAGCUAUGGACACUCGGCACCCUUAACAAGCGGAGGCAAGGUCUUCUGCAUGAUCUACGCCCUCAUCGGUAUCCCUCUCAACUUGGUCAUGUUCCAGAGCGUUGGAGAACGACUCAACGUACUCAUGGGUUUCGGCGUCAAGAAAAUCAAGAAAUGCCUACGGUUCAAGAAAUGUUCGGUGUCACACACGGAGCUUGUCGUAAUAGGAGGCAUCGCGAACGGCAUCAUUACAGUGUCUGGGGCUAUAGCCUUUGUUCACUUUGAGAAAUGGAACUUUCUAGAAGCCUUCUAUUAUGUCAUAAUAACGCUAACAACUGUGGGGUUCGGCGACUAUGUCGCCUUGCAGAAGGAUAACGAUAUCCAACAAAGACCCGAAUACGUGUUCUUUAGCAUAAUCUACAUAUUGGUAGCUUUGGUCGUGUUGGCCUCUGUGAUGAAUUUGCUUGUGUUGCGAUUAUUGACGCUUAACACGGAGGACGAGAGGAGAGAGGCCCAGGAACAGGAACUCGCGAUGAGACAGAGCAGUCACGAGUUAAAUCACAUAGAUUCGCACAUGAACUUCUUUAAUCACAACCAUGCGCGAGGACCAUUGCUUGCGAAAGGGGAGCAUCGGGCGUUCUGCUCGACGUGUAGCUGCAACAGCAAGGCGCCGCAUAGAACUAACCCUGAUUCUUACGCGGUGGACUUCAGUAUCGAUGCAAAGGGGGUUUAUGGUAACAACUAUAACCCGCAUACGCCUGCUGUUUACAACACAUUGUAUUCCGAUGACGCGGAAGUUUUCGAGCAAUUUUUAUGUACGGAUAGAACAGGCACACGUGCAUCGAUAUGA